CCUUCCCCUUCCGUCCGCUGCCCUUCCGUUCGCUGACCGCUGCCCUCCUCCUCCUUCCCUCCUCCCCCUCCUGUCUCUCUCUCGCUACCCUCGCGCUCCCAGACGACUAUUGGGCCGCCGCCGCCCUAGGCCAGGUGCUGAGGCUUUCCUUGGUCUCUUCGCCGGCGACGAGCACCCCACCAGUGUACAUGUGUACACCCAUGUCCCUUUACUGGAUCCGCCCCCUGUGUAGCAGAUGGCGAGGAUAAAGCCCAAGCAAUUGCUAAUUCAAAGCAAGACGAAGAAGGCUCCAUCUCGGAUCAGCUACUCUACUAUCAUCACAUGGAACUUGAUUGUCAUAUUGAUUGUGCUAUCUCUCUAUGCUACCUACAGCCAUUGGCAUCAAAGGUCUGCCCAAGACUUUGAAAUGGAGCUUCAUGAAGCUGAGCUUGCUGUGAGACCGGUGGAUCCAAAAAUGAUAAGUAGACCAAGAUAUGCGGUAAUGAACACCGCAAAGGGUCCAAUUACUAUAGAAAUAUACAAAGAUGCUUCUGCUGGUGUUGUGGAUAGAUUUAUUGACUUGUGCAAGAGUAAUCAUUUCAAAGGAAUGCCAUUUCGGCAUAUCAUCAAAAAUUUUGUAAUUCAAGGAGGUGAUUUUGAUUUUGAUGGAGCUGCCCAAGAAUGGAUAACGAAAGCUAAAGCUAGUGGGAAAAAUGAUCUCAGUCCAAAACAUGAGGCGUUUAUGAUUGGGACUGCAAAGAAUCCUAAUAACAAAGGAUUUGAUUUGUUUAUCACGACUGCUCCAAUUCCUGACUUGAAUGACAAGCUUGUUGUAUUUGGGCGAGUUAUCAAGGGAGAGGACAUCGUUCAGGAGAUUGAAGAAGUUGACACUGAUGAGCAUUAUCAGCCAAAGGCCGCGAUAGGCAUCAUCAAUAUCAUGCUAAAGCAGGAGCCUUGAGCUGCGUAUCCUCCUCUUGUCAUGUACAUGAAGACCUUAACCACAUGCCUGAUGACUCUGUGUUCGAAAAGGUCCAUACAUCUCAUUGAGUUCCCUUUGUAUUGAUGACAUGUGUGCGGAUGCGAUCCUUCCUCGGGAGUCUGGAUGACGCCUUAUGUCUUGCGUGGAAGGCAUUUGUGACGCUUGUUACAGUUGUUGUUGCAGCGUUUGUGUAUAAUAUUUGUUCGUUUGGCUGAUAAGCCAUGGUAGAAAGUACUGUUGUUUGAUUUGUUGUUUGAGAAAAACAAUGCUGAAUGACUAGCAGAUUUAGCGUGAACAGGCCCUGGGUGUCAGCAUAGGCGAGCAUAUAAAUACUGUGCUGCUACACCCCGUACCGUGGUUGUGGUAACAGGAAGCAGUAUAUUCUCUGCUAAUGCUACCAGUAAGCGAUUUGGGCCUUGUGAAUGAACCCAAUGAAAUCA